GUGAGGUCAGACGUCGUUGGCGCCGGCUUGGCCGCCCGCCAUCUUGGCCCCUGUGUGGAAGCGGCUGAGGCGCGGCGUCGCGGCGCCGGGAGCGGCAGCGGCCUCGCCGAGUCCGGGAGCCCCGGGUAAGGCCGGAGCGCCGGCCCGCCCCGCUGCGCGCCAGGCAAAUUUUGAGGGGUGAGCAGGAGGUACCAGACUCGAUGAGUUUCCAUCGAAAUGUCGGAAAAGUCAGGCCAGAGUACAAAAGCAAAGGAUGGAAAAACAAAGUAUGCAACACUCAGUCUGUUUAAUACUUAUAAGGGAAAGUCACUGGAAACUCAGAAAACCACAGUUGCCGCGCGCCAUGGAUUACAGAGUCUUGGAAAAGUUGCUAUUUCAAGGAGGAUGCCUCCCCCAGCUAACCUCCCCAGUCUCAAAGCAGAGAACAAAGGCAACGACCCUAAUGUGAACAUUGUGCCUAAAGACGGCACAGGAUGGGCUUCAAAACAAGAACAGCAUGAAGAAGAAAAACAGCCAGACGUGCCGCAGACACAGCCAAAACCUGCUGUUCCUGCUCCUCCAGAAGCAGCUCCUGUUGCCAAAUCGUGGGCCAACACCAAACCAGGUGGACAAGAUGGUCCAGCUAUUCAAGUAAAUAGUUAUUUCCAGCAAGAGUUUCCCAGUCUGCCGGCAGCUGGGGAUCAGGAAAAGUCAGGCAAAGAGAAAGAUACACCUGAAGAGCUCCAUGGAUCAGGACCCAACUUACGACCACAAAAUGCUACUAGUUGGAGAGAAGGUGGUAAUAAGAGCAACUUGCCCAGUUCUCCAACUGAUCAAGAAGCUAAGGCCCUUGGACAAGAAGAUGGUAAUGCUACACCAGCAGACCAAAAUGAUAGCCAGAAGGCAGCAGAGAAGAGGGAUGUGCGGUUACCACAGGUCCCUCAGCCCAAGCUGAAUGGCCAGCAGCAACCACCUAUCUCGUCACAGUACAGGGCAAUGAUGCCACCUUAUAUGUUUAAUCAGUAUCCUAGAAUGGCAUAUCCUCCUUCCAUGCAAGGUCCAACAAGGUUUCCUAAUUCUGAGCCUAGCAGAGGGCCAAGGGGAAGAGGACCGCCUUCAUGGUGUUCAGAACCUAUUGAGCGCCCAUCGAUUCUUAGUGCUAGUGAGCUUAAAGAACUUGAUAAAUUUGAUAAUCUAGAUGCUGAGGCUGAUGAAGGCUGGGCAGGUGCUCAGAGUGAAGUAGAUUACACUGAGCAGUUGAACUUCAGCGAUGACGACGAGCAAGGAAGUAGUCAAAAAGAGAAGGAAAGUGGCGAUGAACAAACACCGUCAAAAGAUUCCCAGAGUCCUGAUGGCCAGAAGGAAGCAGAAGAACAGACAAAUGCUAAGUCUGCCACCCAGGCUUCUACAGCAGCAACCAAAGGGCCUUAUGGCAAAAGUUCUCAGCUUGAUCAGGAUCGAAGUCCAGCACAGCCUUCUAUGCAUGAGAGAGGUGGUCCUGCUCUUCAUCCAAAAUCUAUUCUACCACCGCACCCUCCUCCCCCUGAUCGCCAGGUUGGACCUGGAAGGCAGGGACCCUUUCCCCCUAAACCAGUACCAGAUGAAGAUGAAAUUUGGAAACAGAGAAGACGACAGCAGUCAGAGAUAUCCGCCGCAGUUGAGCGAGCCCGUAAGCGGCGAGAAGAGGAAGAAAGAAGAAUGGAAGAACAGCGAAAAGCAGCUUGUGCCGAAAAGCUAAAACGGUUAAAUGAGAAAUUCGGCUGUGUGACAAAACCCUCCCGGGAAGACCCUCUGAAAGAGAGGGAGAGGGAAAGGGAGAGAGAGAGGGAGCGGGAGAGGGAAAGGGAAAGAGAAAGGGAGCGGGAGAGGGAAAAGGAGAGGGAGCGGGAGAGAGAGCGGGAAAAGGAAAAAGAGCGGGAAAGGGAGAAGGAAAAGGAAAAAGAGAGGGAAAGGGAGAAGGAAAAAGAAAAAGAAGAAAAAGAAAAACUGGAGAAGGCCAAAGAGCAAGAAAGGGAGAAAGAGAAAGAAAAGGAGAUGGAGAAAGAAGAGAAGGAGGAUGAGCAAGAGAAAGAAGAGGAGAAACCAGCACAUGAGGUUCCUGAGCCUGUAGAACCUGUGGCAACACCUGUAGUAGAAAAACAAGAAAGUGAAACCAGGAAUAAUAAGGAAGAAAAAGAAGAUCAAGCAGUCUUUACCCGACAAGAUAGUGGUCGGAAUGAGAAAGAGAUUUCACAGGUGACUCAUGAGAGUGAGCCAGAUUCAGGAUCUCAGCCUCGUCCUGCUGUUUCCUCGGGCUAUUCCAAACAGUUCCAGAAAUCGUUACCACCAAGAUUUCAGAGGCAGCAGGAGCAAAUGAAACAGCAGCAGUGGCAGCAACAGCAGCAAGGUGUCCUUCCGCAGUCUGCUCCCUCACAGCCUUCUAGUGGCCCUGUCCCACCUCCCCAGCACAGACCCCUGUACCAGCCCAUGCAACCACAUCCUCAGCAUUUAGCAUCCAUGGGCUUUGAUCCACGGUGGCUUAUGAUGCAGUCUUACAUGGACCCACGAAUGAUGUCAGGAAGACCUGCAAUGGAUAUGCCUCCUAUUCAUCCAGGAAUUAUGCCUCCCAAACCACUGAUGAGAAGAGACCAGAUAGAGGGAUCAGCAACUAGUUCAGAUUCAUUUGAACAUAUAGCUCGCUCGGCAAGAGAGCAUGCUGUUCCUUUGUCAGAGCCCCGCGUGAUGUGGGGAUCAGACCCGUAUCCCCAUGCAGAACCUCAGCAAUCUAGUUCUCCUCCCAAAGUGUUAGAAGAGCCUGACGAUUUGAGGUCUGAGGCACACUUGGAGCAAGAACGAGUUGCUGUCCCUGCCACUGCUUAUCCUGUAGAACACAACCAGUUGGACUCUCAUCCAAAGACAGAUUUUUUCAGAGAAUCAGGAGAGGUGGAGGUACAAAAGUUCCCAAGCAGGUCUUUGGAAGAUGUACAACCUCUCCAAACUGACACACCUAACACAGCAGUUAAUUUCGAAGUAAUGAAUGAGAAAGUUACACAUAGCUCUCCGGAAGAAUUGGUGCCUGUGGGGGAAAGUCACUCUUCGCUUAAGAGAAGCAUUUCCCAUGGUUCAAGUCACUCUCUAAAGUCAGAAGACCAGAGGAAUGAGACAAUAGCAAAUAUCCCUAAAUUAAAUAACAGGCCUGUUGAGACAAAGGAGACAAUUGAGAGACUUGAGAUUAAGCCAAAAAAAGAAAUUUUGAUCAAUAAUAGAACAUCAGAAGGACCAAAACCUGAAAAAACUUUCAAACCUAAGUCUGAAACAAGAUGGGGUCCUAGGCCAGGUUAUGGCAGAAGAGACGAAGGCGGUGAUAGACCAGUAAGAAGAUCGGGUCCUAUUAAAAAACCUGUGCUUAGAGAUAUGAAGGAAGAGCGUGAGCAGAGAGAAGAGCGUGAGCAGAGGAAGGAGAAAGAAGGAGAAAAGUCAGCUAGUGAAAAACCUAACAAGUCUGAAAAAGGUGACAAAAAGGAAGCACCUCAAGUGCCACUGCCUCAGGCUGAGCCAGAGACAUCCGCCUCCAGUAGCGCUCCUCUGGCUAAGAAGAUAACCCAGGAUGCUGCUCUGACACCAGCAAGCCAGGAGAGCAGUCAGACUGAGACCGCAGCUAAAAGUGCAGUUCAGCCACCCACACCUCCAGUCCAGCAGCAGCUACCGGCUGCCCAGCCUGCUGCUCCACAGCUUCCCCCUGCAGUGCAGCAGCAGCCGCCUGCUCAACCGGCAGCACAGCAGCAGCCACACGUUCAGCAGCCGACUACCGCAGUGAAGGAGGAAAAGCAGACUGAGAAGGUAGUUAGCAAGGAGGUUGUAGAGAAACCACGCUUAGAAACCAGACCAGUAAAAAGAGAGCCUGGUUUACCACCUAGGACAUACUGGAAAGAGGCUAGGGACAGAGACUGGUUCCCAGAUCAGGGAUACAGAGGCAGAGGCCGUGGGGAGUAUUAUUCUAGAGGUCGUAGCUACAGGGGUUCUUACGGAGGACGUGGUCGGGGCAGUAGAGGCCAUAAUAGAGAGUACCCACACUACAGAGAUCCUAAGCCUAGAUCAGACCACGUGCCUUCAGGACCUGGUAGGCAGAGAGAAGAGAGUGAAACUCGUAGCGAGAGUUCUGACUUCGAAGUAAUCCCAAAACGGCGGCGACAGCAUGGUUCAGAGACGGAUUCUGACAGCGAAGUUCAUGAAAGUGCAAGUGACACACUGCUUUCAGACAAAGACAGUCUAGUCAAAGGCAAGCACCCAAAAAGAGAAGAGAGAGCUGAUGGCAAGAAGCCUCCAAAACCCCUGUCAUUCAAACCUGAAACCAGUACCAGAGUAGACAACAGAUCCCUAGAAAAAACAUAUAUAAGAGAUGAUGAGAACAAACCCAAACCAGGAUUUCUUCCUAAAGGAGAGCCUUCUAGACGAGGCAGAGGGGGAAUGUAUAGACGUGGUGGGAGGGAUCCUGGUGGGCGUCCUCCACGUCCAUCUACAAUAAGGAGACCAGCCUACAGAGACAAUCAGUGGAACCCUAGGCAAACAGAGAUCAUUAAACCAGAAGAUGGGGAGCCUCCAAGAAGAAAUGAACAUUAUGGUCCUAUACCAGUUGAUAAAAGACCUCCAAAAUUUGAGAGAAAGUUUGAUCCAAAUAGAGAGAGGCCACGAAGACAAAGGCCUGCUCGACCUCCAAGGCAAGAUAAGCCACCACGCUUUAGGCGCCUAAAAGAAAGAGAGGCCGCAUCAAAGAUAAAUGAGGCGAUAACCAGCUCAUCAAUAAGUGCCACAGUUAGUAAUGCAGUUAAUGAGCCCUCCACCACUGCUCUGGAUGUGUCUGGAAGUAAGACACCAGACUUGUCCAACCAGAAUUCUUCAGACCAGGCAAAUGAAGAGUGGGAAACAGCCUCAGAAAGCAGCGACUUCAAUGAGAGGCGGGAGAGGGAUGAGAAGAAAACAGCAGAUGUAGCAGCACAGGUGGCUGCAAAGGCAGGAGAAAACGCUGGAGCUCCAAAAAGGGAAAUAGCCAAGAGAAGUUUCUCUAGUCAGCGGCCUGGAAUAGACCGUCAAAACAGACGUGGCAACAACGGGCCAGCUAAACCGGGGAGGAACUUCUCAGGGCCCAGGGGUGAACGGCGGAGUGGUCCUCCACCCAGAAGUGGAAAAAGAGGGCCAUUUGAAGAGCAGACAGCAACUGUGCCUAGUGUUGAUCCCACCAACAGCAACUCUUUACAUCAGGAGGAUGGAGGUGUUACUGCUGCAGGACAAAAGAGCACCAAGGAUGCAAGUGGCAAAAAGAGAGAAGAACCUAAGGCUGGUCCAAAGAAGCCGAAGGAAAAAGUGGAUGCCUUGUCUCAAUUUGAUCUUAAUAAUUACGCAAGUGUUGUGAUCAUUGAUGAUCACCCUGAAGUGACAGUAGUUGAAGACGCCCAAUCUAACUUGAAUGAUGAUGGUUUCACAGAAGUGGUGUCUAAGAAGCAACAAAAACGCUUGCAAGAUGAAGAGCGCAGAAAGAAGGAAGAACAAACAGUGCAGGUUUGGACCAAAAAAGGAUCAAGCGAAAAAGGCCGAGGUCAGAAUUCCAAGCUUCCACCCAGAUUUGCCAAAAAGCAGCAGCAACAGGCAGCGGCCGCAGCUGCGCAGCAGGCACAAGCUCAGGCACAGCCUCCGUGUACAGCGCAGACUCCAGGUCAGCCUCAGGCUUCUGUUCAGCUGCAAAACCAGGCUGCAGGAGGGACAGCCAGCACAGAAUACACAGUGUCAGGCAAAGUUCUGCAAAACACCCAGGCUCACAAUGGUCUAGGAACUGAAUUAUGGGAAAACAAGGUGCCUCCUACGGUGGUUCUAAAUGACAUCUCCAAAAAAUUGGGACCCAUUAGCCCACCUCAGCCACCUUCAGUCAGUGCUUGGAACAAGCCUUUGACAUCUUUUGGUUCAGCUACAUCUCCAGAGGGGACAAAGCCUGGGCAAGAAGGUGGAGUUGAUCUUGGUAUAGAAACUAUUCAGUUUGGUGCCCCAGCUUCCAGUGGCAGUGACAAUGAAGUUGGCCCUGUACUUUCUGAGAAGUCCACUGACAAGCUACCAGAACCGAAAGAGCAAAGACAGAAACAGCCUCGGGCUGGACCCAUCAAAGCACAAAAGCUUCCAGACUUGAGUCCGGUAGAAAACAAAGAGUAUAAACCUGGUCCUAUUGGGAAAGAGCGUUCUUUAAAGAACAGGAAGGUGAAGGAUGCCCAACAGGGAGAGCCUGAGGGACAGGAGAAGCCGUCUCCCACCUCUGUCAGAAGUCCAGAACCUGUCACUACAAAGGAAACCAAAGCAGCAAGUGAACUGAGCACGGAAAUAGGAACGAUGAUAUCUGUGUCUGCUCCAGAGUUUGGAACAAACACAAAGGAGUCUGUAACAGACUACACUACACCUUCUUCUCAUCCUAACACAGUGGCUACUAGCAGUACAAAAAUGGAGGAGACUUUGGUGACGAACGUGCCCCUGCCCCACACCCUUCCCCUCCCUAGGAGGGAGACUCUACAACAGAGCUCCAGCCUAACUCCAGUUUCUCCCGCUACCGUCGACCUCACCCUCAAGAUGGAGUCUGCGCGCAAAGCUUGGGAGAAUUCCCCAAACAUGGGGGAGAAGAGUUCGCCAGUGACCUCAGCGGCAUCUCCCAUUGCUGGUGGUGGCGGCGGCGGCGGCAGCAGCAACACUGGGCCAAGCAGUGGUACUUACAGCUCUUUCUCUAGUGCAUCAAUGCCUCCUAUUCCUGUGGCCUCAGUUACGCCGACAACUUCGCUAUCAGGAGCUGGUACAUACACAACCUCUUCACUGAGUACGAAGACUGCAAGCACCUCAGACCCUCCCAAUAUAUGUAAAGUGAAACCACAGCAGUUGCAGACAAGCAGCCUAGCUUCUGCCAGUCACUUUUCCCAGCUGAGCUGCAUGCCAUCCCUCAUUGCCCAGCAACAGCAAAGUCCCCAGGUCUAUGUGUCUCAGUCUGCAGCAGGUACUGCAGCUCAAAUCCCAGCAUUUUAUAUGGAUACAAGUCAUCUAUUCAACACCCAACAUGCACGUUUGGCACCGCCUUCUCUGGCCCAACAGCAAGGCUUUCAACCAGGGCUUUCUCAGCCUGCUUCAGUUCAGCAGAUCCCCAUCCCCAUCUAUGCACCUCUGCAAGGACAGCAUCAAGCUCAGUUGAGUUUAGGAGCAGCACCAGCUGUUUCACAAGCCCAAGAGUUGUUCAAUUCCUCUUUACAACCUUAUAGAUCUCAGCAAGCUUUUAUGCAAAGUGGUUUGUCUCAGCCAUCGCCAGUAGUUCUGUCUGGUACAGCCUUACACAACUUCCCAGCAGUGCAACACCAGGAGCUUGCUAAGGCACAGUCAAACCUAGCGUUUCAACAGACUUCUAAUACCCAACCUAUUCCUAUCUUAUAUGAACAUCAACUUAGUCAAGCUUCAGGACUGGGAGGCUCUCAGCUUAUCGAUACACACAUUCUCCAGGCCAGAGCUACCCUCACCCAGGCUUCAAAUCUGUACUCUGGGCAAGUUCAACAGCCUGGCCAGAGCAAUUUCUACAACACUGCACAGUCUCCCAGUGCUCUCCAGCAGGUAAACUAUGGCAUGGUGACAGUACCUUUGCCGGGAUCACAGAUUUCUUUGCCCAACUUUGGAUCCACAGCACAGCCACUUAUUGCCCUACCCCAAUCUUUACAACCACCACUACAGCACACGCCACCUCAAGCGCAGGCUCAAAAUCUAAGCAGACCUGCACAAGUAACCCAGCCUUUCAGAGGAUUAAUCCCAGCAGGAACUCAACACAGCAUGAUUGCUGCAACUGGAAAGAUGGAAUCACAGCUUUACAGGCACCUGGGAUUUUCGGAUAGUGUGCAGCACAACGCAGUUGCAGCAUACUUUCAGAUAUCAGAAAUGGACCUGAAGGCCUUUGGAGGUGGCAUUGAUGUUAAACCUGGAACCCCACCGGUUACUGGUAGAAGUACUACUCCAACCUCCAGUCCCUUCCGGGCCAGCUCUACAAGUCCUAACAAUCAGUCCAAUAAAAUGAACAGCAUUGUCUACCAGAAGCAGUUUCAGUCAGCAGCUGCUGCUGUAAGAAUGACUCAGCCAUUUCCUGCACAAUUUGCACCACAGAUCCUCUCUCAGCCUAACCUGCUCCCUCCAUUGGUAAGAGCCCCAUAUACUAACACCUUCCCAGCGCCUGUUCAGAGGCUGCCAAUAGUACUGCAUAGUCAGAUGCCGUCUCAGAUGACCACAGGCCCUGUGAGCCACCCUCAUUUACCACGUGUGGCCAGAGGUCUUUGUGGAUCGGUGUCUGGAGCCAGAGGCAAUCAGGCCCAGGCUGCGAUGAAGGCUGAACGAGACGUGAAGGCAAAGCAGAGAGCAGAGGUACUUCAGUCCACCCAGAGAUUCUUUUCUGAGCAGCAGCAGCAGAGCAAACCCAUAGGAGGCAAAACACAGAAAGUGGAAGAGAACGGGAGCAAACCCACUGAGGCAAUUGCUGACUCUUCAGGAGUCUGCCAGGACAAAACCGAGGAAAAGCCUACCCCUGCGCCUGCUGCGGCAACGAAACCCGUUAGAACUGGACCAAUCAAACCUCAGGCAAUCAAAACCGAAGAAACAAAAUCUUAGAGGCUGUGUUUCUGUGGAGGUGGGGGAAGAGGGGAGGGCGGGUGAGAUGACAGCAGCGGGAAUUUGUAGCCCAAAGGACGAGACAACAGUCUUCUCUCCCGGCAGGGCUCUGAACGGCGUAAAGGGACGUAGGAGCUAUCAGCAGUUACGGAUGCAAACUGCUGCGUAUCCAACUGAGCUUCUAGGCUCUUUGGGCUUGUACCUUCUCUAACAGCAUGAAGGCUGCUUUUGACGCGUGUACGUUCUACAUGUGUGCGCGUGUUUUGGCUUACACACCUGUAUGUUUCCCAAAGUGGAGGGAAAAAAAAAUUUGAGAAAUAGUAAUGGCGGGGAAGAAGGUGGUUGGGGAGGCAUGUUCCUAGCUGACAAGAUGAAUACUCUUGUUUUCUUCGGGCUCUGAUCUUCAGCUGCUAUUUAUCUUUUUAUAAACCCACAAGUAUGAGAACAUGCAGAUCUGAAGAUGGUGCUGGGCCAAAGUAACGUGUGUUAAUUUUUAGUGACUUGAGCUUCUAUCUUGUAAUAAACAGAGGGAUUCAUAUAGCUGGCAAAAUUGCUUUUGCCACGCGACAUCUAACCCAACCUAACACACAGAGUAACGCUGAUGAUGAUGUUGAAUUUCCCUCUGAAGGCAGUGCUUUGCUGGCUGCUGCUUCUUGGAUGACAAUAUACUGUACGUAGAUCACCAUAUGAAAACGCUCCUUGGCCACCUGUGUUCUUUACACCCGCUCCCCCCUCAGUCGUUCACCUCUGGAAUUGAAAGGUUCAUUGCAUCAAUAGUCAAAUUUGUUCUGUUCACCUCUGUCCAGCUAUCUUUAUAUGAUGCGAGUGAUCUUUAAACGGUUUCCAGCUUAUGUCUGUAUCCAGCAACGAGCACUUAGAACUGUGCCACGAGAAUAAAAGAAACCUUAUCGGAUUAAAGAGAGUUUUAGCGAAAAGGUGCAUUCUUUAUAUCAGAGCUGCGUCGCACCACCUCCUUGCCCACAGUGUGCUGGAAAGUAGAAUCAAGUCAAAUUAAAUGCCUUUUUAAUUGUAUCCUCUAGUAUUAUAGCUGUAGGACAGUACUGUAUGAUACUUCUGUGAAUGUAAGAUAUCCUGUACCUGCUUAUGAUAUGUAGUAGUGACUGUGCUAUACUGGAGCUGUUUUUAAUAAUGUUAUUCUAGAGGGUUUUUUUCCAGACAAUGAUUGAAAAAGCUAAUAAAAAGCACCAGGUACCACA